AUGGGAAUUGGGGAUAGAUUUUGGUGUGAGCUGUUUACGCUCUAUACUUUAUGCUUAGGAUGCCUUGCUGCGGCUCAAAGAGAAGUCGUCAGUUCACCCUCUGCGUUGAGAGAAAAUUUGAAGUGUCUUUUUACAUGGGAUGAAUGCGAGGUGUGUCGUCUUUACGAGCUAGUGUUUGCCAAUGGGUGA